AUGAGUUCACUCCGGCGGCUUCAUUUUCCCGGUGUUCCGUCAAAAGCCAUUGCCAUUUUCGGUUCACUCUGCCAUAAGCUUCUCGCAUCGCCCUUCUAUUCUUCUCUUUCUUCCUCAGGGGAGUCCCCUCUUCAAUCCGAUUCCACAGAGCGCAUUCUCACCGAUGAGGAGCUCACAGAGAUCAACCUCCUCAUUCCUCGCCUCUGCGACUCAAACCAACUCGCCACAGCUGUUAAUCUCACCACCACCGCCCUCCUUGCGAACCCACCUCUGAAAUCCCUCUCCAUCUCCGUCUUCAUCGAUUCUCUUGCUUCCCAACCUGACAUGACCCACGCCAUGUCCCUUCUCACGCGCCUCAAGUUCACUCCACCUUCAUACCCUUAUCUUAGACCCAUCAUCAUUAUGCUUGUCACUUCGUAUUUUAACAAGUAUAAAUACAAAGAAGCCCUCAAAGUGUUCAAUUGGAUACAGAGGCCUGACUCCCCGUGCUCGCCAGAUGAGAAAAUUUAUGGGAUUUUCAUUCAUGGGUUUUGUAGAAAAGGCUUCGUUCUUGAGGGUUUGAAGGUUUUGAGGGCUAUGGUGGGGGCUAACACGGCGCCUACUUGCGAUUCGAAGGAUUGUGUAUAUCGCGGAUUGUUGAGGCAGGCUCGGAUAAAGGAGGCAAAGGAACUAAAUGACGCUUUUGGUUGUGUAGAUGUUGCGGGUCUGAAGAGGAUUUCACUUUUGUUGGAAAACAUGAUUGCUGAAUGGAAAGACUAGAACAAGUAAGCUAGACAUGGACACCAGACCUUAGACAUGAUGCAUGCACUGAUCCGACAAAAACUAGAACCUAGGGACUGGACACGUUGAAGAUAUAUGUGCAAAACCUUGUAGAGUACGAUAAAGAUGGUCUUACUUCUCAAAUUGAGGUACCAGCUCAGAGAAGGCGGCUGCUGCCAGCCGUAUACCAGGGUCUAUAAAUAACCGAAGGGUAGGUGCAGCUGUUAGAGUAGAAUAGAUCCUCUGAAGUUGAAUGCAAAAUGUGGAUGUUAUAAUGGUACUAUUGUUAACUUUGCCAGCUUCACAUAUUAUUGACCCUAGAAGAUCUGUAUCUGCCAAUAGAGUGAGUUAAUCUCAGUUUUGGGAGUCUUCGCUAA